UAAGCUGCGUAGCAUGACAACCACUGACCACGUCGCUUCUGUUCAGAUCUAUCUUCGGUUCUCAUUCAUUCUUUCUCUUCCUCGUGUCGGAAUUCUUAUACGUUUAUAAUAUAUACUUUUGUCUGAAAAAAAAAAAAAAAGAAGCUAUUCUAUUGGAAGCUACUCGUUGUCCACUACUGCAUUAUUUUCUCAUCGUUUUACAAUAUACAACGCACCCUGUAUAUAUAUAUAUAUAUAUAUAUAUAUAUACAUCAUAUACACGCACAACACACGCACGCACACACAUACACACACACGCGCGCACACUCACUGGAAAAAAAUACUUUUCCAGCUUCCCUAGGUUGCUUUUCCUUUUCUUUUCUUUUCCUUUUUUUAAUCUUUCCUUGGACCUGUUCGUAAUCGCCAUAGCAGCUGUCGGACUGAAUAAUUAAUUCUUAUUAUUAUUCUAGUUACUCUGCUUCUAUAAACCACUUGAUUGUAUCCAACUUUAGACGGUGUGUGAAUUAAAAACUUGACACUGUUUGUAGUCAGUCAUUAUGGCACAGAUGAUAAGUUUUCGGUUGUUAUGGAAGUAUGUUACUAGUGAUCGGCGAACUCUGUGGCAGAUAUUGAUCUGACACUCGAAGGAAAAAGUGAAGCUGUUCUCUGGUGUAUUACAAUGCUAACUGUGCAACUGUUUAACAUAGAUAUAUGAGAAAGAAACAUUUAAGAGUGAGGCUGAUCAGUGACCAUGCGAUUUCAUCAUGUGCAUGGGUCAGCUGUCACUUUGUCCAACAAUCGGCUACAUGCUAACCGAGAUGAAAAGCACUUCUGUGAUGGUAUUGUAUUUGGUGACCAACCUCUGAAAAUUGGUGUUCGGAUCUCUCUCCAGAUGACUUGCAUUACGACUUGGAAAGGGGCCUUACGAAUAGGAGUUACAUCCAAUGACCCACAGUGUUUCCUUGAACAGCACACAUUACCACGUUACCUUUAUCCUGAUCUGGUUAAACAGGAAGGAUACUGGGCACGUUUAGUGAACGAAAAGUUUGCUGUUUCUUAUCACAUCAUAACAUUUUAUGUGAAUUCCAUCGGAGAGCUUCAACUGUUUGUCAACAAUCACUACAUCGGUGUUCUGCUGAAUGGAAUUCCAACACACCUCCAAUUGUGGUUCCUGCUUGACCUCUAUGGAAAUACAUCAGCUGUCAAAUUGGUUAUUACAGAUGAUACUCCUAAGGAAAUCUUUGUUCGAGGGGAGGCUGCUAUCAAAGCCUACGAGAAGGCCUGCUGUUCAGGAAGUGAGGCUGUCUAUCGUACACGGCUUAUGUUGGUCGGUAAAGACAGAGUUGGUAAAACUAGUCUCAAGCGUUCACUUCUGGGACAAAAAGAUGACCAACCCCUGGAAAGUACGGAUGGUGUGGAUUUGUCUGAGUCUUGCUCUUUCAAUACAUCUGAUUCGAAAGCUUGGAGGCUGAAUCUUAAUGGUGAAAAUGUCGACAAAGAACAACACCAAAAAACAGAUGCUCCCAGAGAUAUUAUUGGCGGUGUAGCUGCCUUGGAAGAGGAAUUCACAGAUUCCUCGGCCUUAAAUGUCUAUCUAGAAAUGGUUCUUCAUCAAAAGGAAAAAGAGCUCAAAAACAAGAACAACUUCCAGAAAAACGACAAAAAAACAGAAAAAGAAAACCGAUCAUACAGCACCAUGCUAGGGUGUAGCACUGGUAGUAAAGUGUCUCCUGGUGCCGUCACACAAGUGCCACAGCAGUUACUGAAAGGUAUACAGGCCGAUGCCAUAGAGAAAUUACAAGCAAUGCUAGAACUUCAGUCUCCGGAAAAAUGGCUUGCUGAGAACCAAUGUGAGAAAACAUUUGAAAGCAGCAUGGAGAUUCCUCAACAAGAAGUAACUUUAGAUAUUUGGGACUUUGCUGGUCAGGCUGUCUAUUAUACCACACAUCAGGUGUUUUUAUCUUCACGAGCUGUUUACGUUAUUGUUUUCAACAUUUGCGAUGACCUUUCUACGUCUCCCAUCACCAAAUUUACAAAUGACAGCAACCUCGAAGACCAGACUGUUGAGAACAUGUCCAAUCUGGGUUACAUAGAUUAUUGGAUGAAGUCUAUCCAUGCUCAUUCUGCAGAGAAUACAAAAAACACAAUCACAAACUCCACACUCUCACCACCAAUAUUUAUAGUCGGCACUCAUCGAAACAGCUUAGAUGAUGACCAAGACAUCCUGAAACAGAUGGUGAAGGAGAAGUUCAAUGCCCUGGAGGAAUUUCUAAUUGGGAAACCUUAUUAUAAACAUAUAAUAAAGCCAUUCUUCGCUGUUGAAAACUAUGGCAGUGAGGAUGAAGAGGAUGUACAGAUUUGCCUCUUACGUGAACAUAUCCAGAAAGUGGCUCUUCAGGAACCAUACAUGGGAGAAAAGAUCCCCACAAGAUGGUUACAGUUUGAAGACAUAAUUAAUCAGCUAAUUGACAAUUCUAAUAAUUAUGCAAGUAUAGACCAGGUGGCAGACUUGGCUUUAGACAUUGGAAUUGAAGAUGAACAAGAAGUGCAGACAAUGUUGGAUUUCUACCACGAUCUUGGUGUCAUUAUCUACUACGGAGGCAGUUUAUCGGCAGUCGACAAUAUUUUACGCAGCCUUGUCAUUUUAAAUCUCCAGUGGUUGGUGGAAAUGUUCCGUAGGGUAAUAACUGCUAACUACCCUCUAAAUCAAGACAGUGUUUAUGUUGAGAAGAGACAGCAACUGGAGAAAUAUGGGCUUCUGGAUGAGCAGCUGAUAAAUUAUUUAUGGAAUGAUGAACUUGAACAUAAGGCAGCCCUGUUGGGGUUGUUGCAAAAGUUUGAUCUCAUCUGUAAACGCAUUCCUUCAAAGGUGGAUAACAGCAAAGGAGCUAGUUAUUAUGUACCUUCGAUGUUUCAUCUACCGAGAGAUAACAAGAAACUUCAUCCGGGAAAUUCAGAUGUUGUCACCUUUUAUUUAAAUUUUCAUGGAUUCCUUCCAGAAGCAUUAUUUCACCGCAUAUUAGCACACACCAUCCAUUGGUCUCAGGAAUGUGGUGGCUCUGAGCCAUAUCUUUACUACCGAGUAGCUCGACUUUUUCUUGAUUCUGAACAUGAUUUUAUAUUAGAAAUGUUACCAAGUUCAUACGCAAAGAUCAAGGUUGUUGUGAUGCGUGUUGCCGAAGCCAGAGAAGAGGAUGUUUAUAUUAGCGACAAUGGACAGAAAGCUCCUCUUGUAACGAGCCCCCAAGCAGUUGCUAAGGUUCGUAAUUUUUUGGACACAACACUUCUUCGACUGCGGGAAGUAUGGAUGAAGCGUAUCUCCUACAGCACCAGCGUCAGUUGUCCAUGUGGUCAGUUAUGUGAUUUUCAUCAUAUCAGUGGUUGUACAGCUGAAAUUUGUCUUCAUUUUCUUGAUCUUGAUGAAUGUCUUAGCAAAAAGGUCAUUUGUUGUGGCCAUCGCCGGAUGAAGACGACAUUCGUUCAGAAAUGGUUCCCUCCCCACCACACAGUUGCCUUGAAGAAGACAAUCCUUUCCAACAGUUUAUUAGAAUCAACAAAAGGCAACUUUGAGAAAGAAAUAGCAGAUUUGCCUUAUUGGAUCAAAAGUGCUGCCAAGUUAUUAAAUAAUGGCGUGGAAAACCUAGACUGGGUCUGUUUGGCCAAUUAUUUGGGUUAUAAGAAACCGAAAAUCGAUAAAUUUAAUAAUGAUUUAAAUCCAUCACUUGCUCUGCUCACUGACUGGAUUCUUGGCAGCGGCAACACACAGGUGUCUGUGGAUGUAUUGCACACCUUCUUGGAGAAAAUGUCCAGGUAUGACAUCAUAGAUCUUCUGAAACAGAGCAGAGAACAAUCCCACUGCCCACAAGUGUUCAUCAGUUACCAGUGGGACAGUCAAGAUGCAGUGAAGGCUCUGUGGGACAGGCUGGAAAGAGCUGGGAUCUCUUGUUGGAUGGACAUUGGCCAGAUGGGUGGUGGUGACCAGCUCUACAACAAGAUCGAACAAGGAAUUCGGAAUUGCAAGAUUAUAUUGGCCUGCGUUACACCCAAGUAUGUCAUAUCUCAUCUCUGCAACCGCGAACUGAGCUUAGCUGAUGGUCUGCGGAAACCUAUCCUCCCUGUGAUGUUUGAAAGUAUCGUCUGGCCUCCACCGGGUGGCAUGGCACUCAUCUUUUCCAACCUUGUAUAUAUUGACAUGAACGGUAUUGGGGGACAUGGAAGCUCAGGUAUGACUGCUGACUUGGCGGAUAAAUACAAGGAGAUUAUCCACCGAAUUUCACAUUAUUUUAUUAACGAUGAGAAUAGCAAAAGUACAACAGAAUCCAAAUCAUUUGUUCCCAGUUCUGUAAAACCCAAUCAAACUAGUAAUGAAGUUAACGAAGUCUCUCCAUCUUUAGAAACAACACAUGAGGAACAUCACGUAGGUUCAUUGAAUCCUCACCAAGAAAUGAACGAACAAUUGACCACGCAUAACAGCAACCAUGCAAGGACUCUGUCCAGAACUAAUGUGGCCAGGGCGACAUCUCGUUGGAGAUGUGGUCUAUGUAAUGUAUUAUAAUAAUGUAUUAAGAAUUAUGUUUGAAUGUCUCUAAUCCACCUGUUAUAUAUCACACUAAUAAAUCCACCUGUUAAUGAUU